AUGGAUUUAACGCCAACGACACGACACAGAAGUCUCCAAAAACCUCAGUCCCUCAACGACCAUGAAGAAGAGCUCGCCAGAACUACUGCUCUAGCAGUUGUGGCCGCUAGCGAAAGACAAUCAAGAACAGCCUUGACAGAAGUUCCUUUGCAUUUGUAUCAUUUCUCCUCGGAAUAUACACUGUCUGAUCCAUUUGAUGGACGACAUCAAAGCAGCUUUAGAGCUAGUAACAUGCACCCCAGGAACGUGCGUCCUGGAGCAUUUCUUUCAGCAAGACCAUCCGAAAGUUUCCAUCAGCCGGUGGACGAUCGAGUGAAACUAAAUAGGAGACAGCAAGAACAAUUGAACGUCAACUAUGAAAUGAGGUCCAUAAAGAAAAGUCAGAGCUUUCGGGGUACGGGGAAAUCGGAGAACUUUCCCAAACUGGGAGGGAUCACAAGGCACGCCUCGGAACAUAUAAAAUAUUCACACAAGGGACUGUUCACAACCGUCCAGAAUAAACCAUCCGGAGGUAUCUUUUCAGACAGCUCAAAGAACAGGUGGCUUCGAGUGAAUCAGUCAUCCGUGACUGAAUCUGGAAACGAUACGAAACAAAGAGCCAAACAGAGGGCGAUUUCCCAGGCAGAAAUUGAUUUCGCCAAGGAACCUGCUUUCGAAAAACUGACCAUGACAAAUGGCUUUGUAGAAGAAGAGUGUGAUGCGAAAGUCUAUCAGUCUCCAACUCUGAAGGAACAGUUUUUUUCUUUCUUCCAACCAACUGACAACAAACUUGCAAUGAAAUUGUUCGGCACAAAGAACGCUCUGAAUCGCGAAAAAUUACGCCAAGAACAGCAUGGAAAGUGGAUCAUACACCCCUGCAGCAAUUUUCGGUAA